UAUUGGCUCUGGUCUCCUUUCUGAUAUCUGAGCGGAGGACUAAAAUGUAAGUGCCUUUUAUUUAAAAAAAAAAAAAAAGAAAAAAGAAAGAAAGAAAAAAAUUGAAUCAACAGCAAAUGCUUGACUUGCAAAAUGUUUUAUCAACUAUUUAUAAAUUGUAACAUCUCGAUAUUUAAAAACUUCAUCACGUAUCCCUCAUUUGCAAACUGCAUCUCGCUUCCGAGCGCACUGACGUCUCAUUACCGCCAAACACGCAGUCCUGCGUCGUGCUUCUAUUUUUAAUCGAACGGGUUAUUUUUUGAACAGGCGCGCACCAACGUGGCUUAUACUCUGAUAUAAAAAGAUGGCAGUUAAUAAGUUGGCACACCGACAGCUCUCGGUACUUUAAUGUCCUUUUUUUUCAAAGCUGCCCACCGUGUCAGUGCGCAAUUGCGCAGCGGAGAGUCUGAGCUGAGAGACCAGUGGCAUGAACGGAGGGGGGGAAACCACCGCAUCGUCUUCAGAGCUCAAGCCUUCAGAUGUGACUCCACUUCCAGCCCAGCAUACGCUCAAGGUUUAGGACUCCAUGAAUUCCCUGUGCGUAAAUCUUCGACACUCGUGGAGACACUUGGAGCGGCUUCGCGUUUGGAUCCCUCUACUUUUGUGACUGUAACUCGCGAUGACCGUGCGCGUCAGGACUGUGGAUGUACUCCUUAAAAGUGUGGAUAUAUGAGCGGAAGCACCAUGAACCCAGCGGACAUAGCUGCUUCUGUGCUGGUUUUGGGGAUUAUUGUCGUGUCGCUGCUGUCCAACGUCGUGGUGCUGAUCUGCUUUCUGUACAACCCGGAGAUCCGCAGGCAGGUACCCGGUCUGUUUAUUCUCAACUUGACGUUUUGCAACCUGUUGCUGAGUGUGUCAAACAUGCCACUAACUUUGUUCGGCCUGAUCACCGCGGGCCACCCCGGAGGCGGCACCGUCUGCCAGAUCGUGGGUUUCCUCGACACGUUCCUCACCACAAACUCCAUGCUGAGCAUGGCGGCUCUCAGCAUCGACAGAUGGGUGGCCGUGGUGUUUCCCCUGAGCUACCACUCCAGAAUACGGCACCGGGACGCAGUGAUCGCGCUGGGAUACACGUGGAUACACUCGCUUUGCUUCUCCACGGUGGCCACCUGCCGCUCCUGGGUUGGCUUCCACCACCUUUACGCAUCGUGCACGCUCUGGAGCGUCAGGGCGAAGGGAGCCGACACGCAGUUCGUCGUGUUCACCGUGGCUUUGCACUCUCUCACUUUCCUCCUCACCCUGAUCGUGUUGUGUCUGACGUAUCUGAAGGUGCUAAAAGUGGCGAGGUUUCACUGUAAGCGCAUCGAUGUGAUCACUAUGCAGACUCUGGUGCUGCUUGUGGACAUUCACCCCAGUGUGCGCCAGAAAUGCUUGGACGAGCAGAAGCGGAGGAGACAGAGGGCCACCAAGAAGAUCAGCACAUUCAUCGGCACGUUUGUGGUGUGCUUCACGCCUUAUGUCAUUACAAGAAUCGUGGAGCUCUUCACCCCGGGGCCGAUCAGCCCUCACUGGGGGGUGCUCUCCAAAUGUCUGGCCUACAGCAAGGCAGCGAGCGACCCGUUCGUCUACUCGCUGCUGCGCCACCAGUACAAGAAGACCUGCAGCGUUCUGGCGAACAAAGUCCUCAAGAGGAGUCCGCUCAACUCCUCCUCGCUCAGGACCGAGACCAACACGGCGAGGAGCAACAACAACACCACCGCCGCCGCCACCGCCAACAGCAUCCAGCCGCCAGGCGACGGCCAGCCGCCAAGCGACAAGCCGCUCGAACCGUGAAGGCUUCCGCUCUCAGAGACGGUCUCUCAACUUUCUGGUGUUGGGUGCUUUGCUUUGAGGUUCGCACUUCUGAAAAGGAGAGUGACAGAAGAGGGAUCCCUCUGUGAUGGUGUGAAAUCGGAGCGAAUGAGUGCUUCACUCAGUUCCUCGCUGAAGGACAAGCCCGUUAUUAUUCUGUCACCAAACAAUGUCGCGACCUGGCUCUCCAUACUAGCCUUGCUGACGCUUUCUCUCAGGUGUUCUUGUCAAGGUUGUCACUGAUGUAGGUAUAUCAUAAAGAAAAACAAAAUGAUCUCAAAAGGCAAACACGGGGAACAGUUUUUUUUUUUUUUUUUCUUCAAGCAGCUGUUAUGGUACAAUGAUAAACAUUUCUAGCAGCAGAACUGUGUGAAAUAUGACUGAAGUGACCAUGAUGUUGGUAGCAAAAGGAACUGUCAAACAGUGCUGCUAUUCUUUUGUAAUGAUUCCUCUAGAGAAAUGAGUAACCUCAUGCUUGGAAAACGACAGCAGACCGGGCAGUUUUCUGAGCUCUGUGUGUAGAAGUUGUGAAAGCAUUCAGUCCAAGUGUAAAACUGUGGGGGGGUUUUUUCCUGCAAGCUGUUAGAGAUUCUGAUGAGAUAGUUUUGUAGCAUCCAGGUAAACUUGUGUCAUCCUGCCUGUGUAAAAUGGAAAGUAACUCUAUAGUGACUACUUUGCUAAUUCUGUGAUUGAAGGGAGAACUGCGGUUUAUGUGAAGGUAACAGGACAUGCACUGUUGUGGUGUAACUUUUCAUUAUUUCAUUUGCAAAUUCAUGCUCACAAUUCAUAAUAUUGAUUAGAAAAAUAGUGCUAUAGGUUGUAACUCAAUUAAGUUAAAGUAUGCACUUAAAUUGGUCAUUAGUAUUGAUUUCAAUUGACGAUCAAAACAACUUUACAUUUGGUUCAAUUUUCAAAUAAUGCUGAAGUUUUCUGCUAAAUUGAUUUUUAUGUUAAAACAUGGUAACUUGUCUGUUUCCUCCUCGGUACCAUUGUAAAACGGAGUAAAUGGAAAUCAAAUUUCACUGUAUUUACAAUUAGUAAAUAUGAAUGACUUUGCAACUUUGUGCAACACAUUUCUCUAAAAUUCAAAGCAUAUAAUGGAAACUUACGGCCAAAAAUGGAGACUAUAUUCAAAAAGAAAUGAUUGAAAAAGGCUUUGAUUGGAACUUGAAAUGCAGUAAGACUUGCACUGAAUGAUGGCACAUUUCAAAUAAAAUGUGAGUAUAACUUCUGACCUCAGUGACUAUUACUAAGUUAUAUAAAGGACGUGUUAAGAUAGAAAACGGAGACGUGUUUGAUAUAUUUCAGUUGUGGCAUUCAUACCCAGUUUUAUUGAAAUUGCUGUAUUUUCAAACGUUGAGACCUGAGUUGUAAAGUGCCUUGAAGACUUUGAACUCUCUGAUUUAAUCAAAAAUCCAGCAGAAACAUUUGAACACUCAGUAAUUCUGUUAAUAUGUUCUGUGCCGGUGUUAUUUGUGAUAAUGGCAUCUGUAGAGCACUUUGUUUUUUAUCAUUUGAAAUUCAUUUACUUUACCACAUUGUUAUUUUGCUGCAUCAAAGAAAUUGGGCUGAAAUAUUAUUUGAAUGUGGUAGCAAAUAUUCUGUAAUGUGAAUUUUGUUUUUUGUGACACAGAGUAACUGUGUGACAUCUGAGAUGUUAAAAUGAUUCCUUUUGGUAAGAGUGGCAAGUCAUGUUGUGUUUUUACUCUACUGUGACAGUAUGAAGCCUGUAAAAGACAUAAAAUCUAUUUAUUUUUGUCAAAUCUGUGUUUUAUUUUUUGCAAAAUAAGUUUGUGAUUAUAAUACAAUAAAUGCUGUGCAUUUUGACAUUU